AUGAAAAACCAUACUACCGUGACAGUAUUUAUCUUAGCGGGAUUAACCCAGGACCCAAAAGUGAAGAUUGUACUGUUCAUCUUCCUGCUUCUCACCUACUUGCUAAGCAUCUCAGGCAACUUAAUUAUCAUUACCCUCACUUUGCUGGAUUCUCAUCUCAAGACCCCUAUGUAUUUCUUUCUUCGAAAUUUUUCCUUCUUAGAAAUUUCUUAUACCACUGUCUGUAUCCCCAAAUUGCUUGUAAGCAUGGCAACUGGAGACAAAACCAUUACCUAUAACUGUUGUGCAGCUCAGUUAUUUUUUGCCUUCCUUCUUGGGGCAUCUGAAUUUUAUCUCCUGGCUGUCAUGUCUUAUGAUCGAUACGUCGCCAUCUGUAAGCCCCUGCAUUAUACAACCAUCAUGAGCAGCAAAAUCUGUAUUCUGCUGGUCCUCAGCUCUUGGAUCGCUGGUUUCCUCAUCAUUUUUCCAGGACUCAUUUUAGGCUUAAGCCUUGACUUCUGUGACUCCAAUAUCAUUGAUCAUUUCUACUGCGACACUGCUCCCCUCCUGCAGAUCUCCUGCACGGAUACACAUGGGCUGGAAAUGAUGAGUUUCAUCUUAGCUUUGGUGACUCUGCUGGUCACCUUGUCAUUAGUGAUUGUGUCAUACACCUAUAUUGCCCGGACAAUUUUAAAAAUCCCUUCUGCCAUCCAGAGAAAAAAGGCUUUCUCCACGUGUUCUUCUCACAUGAUUGUCAUCUCCCUCUCCUAUGGCAGCUGCAUCUUCAUGUACAUAAAACCCUCCGCCAAACAGAGGAUAUCCUUAACGAAGGCAGUGGCAGUUCUCAAUACCUCGGUCGCACCACUUCUGAAUCCCUUUAUUUACACUCUAAGGAACCAGCAGGUGAAGCAAGCGUUUAAGAACUUGCUACAAAGAACUCUGUCUUUAUCCAAGUAG